UCGUUGACAGUACAGAACAGCCACUUCGCAUCUCAACAGUGGACCAGAGCUGGCAAAGCAUUCUUCAACUAAAUUGAGAAAGAAUUUCAGAUAAGUUCUACAGUAUACUCUUACACCCGAAUUCAAAAUUCUGUUCAUAUUUCUACGAAAGGCUAGUUUAUAAUGAUGAAGCGGUGUUUGGUAUCUUUUAUCUUCGUUAUUUACCUUGUUGCCGGCACAUUAGCUGUACCAGUACAAAAAUGUACAAAGGUUGUGGACCUCGCAAUGGUGUUGGACGAGUCGGGCAGUAUUGGUUCCGCUAAUUUUGUCAAAAUCAAAGGUUUUGUCGCCGACGUAAUAUCUCGUUUCAGCGUUUCCCCGUUUGGCGCUCAUUUUGCCGCUGUGAAAUACAGUAGUCAAGCUCGCGAGGUGUUUUCUCUCACCAAGUAUACCGACGCUGCACAGCUGCACACCGCUGUCCAAAAUAUAAACUACAGGGGCGGCGGAACCUACACUGGAAAGGCAUUGGACCAUGUCCGAAAUAAUAUUUUUGGACAAGCUCAGGACAGAAAGGACGCGCCGAACGUAUUGGUUUUAUUCACUGACGGUCAGUCAAGCGACCACAAUAAAGCGGUUCAGGCAGCGAGUCAAUUGAAGGGGAGUGGUGUCGCCAUUCUAUGUGUUGCUAUUGGAAACGGGGCAACAAGUACUUCACUGUUACGACAACUCGGAGAUCUGGCGAGCAAACAGGAAUAUGUUUUCAAGUCGAACAUGAACGCAUUGGAUAAAAUCGAGGAUGAAUUGGUUAAAGACAUUUGUAUAUCUAUUCCUGCCUGUAAGAGUCAGCCUUGCAAGAAUGGAGGACAAUGUGUUGACACAGAUACAGAAUAUCGGUGUAACUGCCCACCUGACUGGACAGGAGUUAACUGUGAGGUGCCCAAAUAUUGCUCAGGUGCAUCGUUCUCAAAACAGGGCUGCUACAAGACACCUCCAUCCAAGACAAACGCAAAGCUCCUUUUCAACCGCCGUAACAACAUUGAUUGGUUCGCUGGAUGGGAUAAAUAUCUCGAUGAUGUCGUCUGCGACUGUGCAAAGGCGGCAAAAGCUCAAGGCCACAAGUAUUUCUUGAUUGAGUUUUACGGCGAAUGCUGGGGCUACAAAGAUUUUGACGUGAGCCAGCCUCACGCUGGAGCUAAGAAGUGUUGGGGAAAACGUCCUAACUACGACACUUGCGAUCAGAAUAAAAGCAAGCCGAUUUGCGUUGGAACAGGCCACCACGGAUACGUCUAUCAACUGAAUUGAUCACUUUGCACAAGAAUGGGUUUUCAAGCACUGACGCACUCACCGAAGUAUACGAAGUACUUUCACGUUGAAGUACAUUCACACACUGACAUGAAGAAAGUUCUUGUGGCUCAAGCACAACUAAGGACAUUUAAGAAAUGUAGCGUGCACGUAUAUACUGAAAUAUAAUAAAAAUGUGAUAA